GGGUGAAGCGCAGACGACGAGUAGAGUGUCAAUUGUCAACUGUGGAAAGGAGCAAGCAAGCAGGCACGUAUUGCAGAUUGAAGUUUCCAGAGACUUCCGAUCCCUUUUUGUCUUUGAGGCGUUCAAUAAAAUCAAGUAACAACGACGAUAUCGGCGAUUUCCACUGGACUUGGGUCUACAAUGGCAGCCAGUGAUGCAAGUGAUGAUUCCCUGUAUCCUAUUGCCGUACUCAUAGAUGAACUCAAAAAUGAGGAUGUUCAGCUACGUUUAAAUUCCAUCAAAAAGCUAUCUACCAUAGCUUUAGCUUUGGGCGUAGAGAGAACAAGAACCGAGCUGAUUCCAUUCCUGACUGAAACAAUAUAUGACGAAGAUGAGGUCCUCUUAGCUCUUGCAGAACAGUUGGGCCAGUUCACAGCCCUUGUUGGUGGACCUGAAUAUGCAUACUGUUUGUUGCCACCUCUUGAAAGCUUGGCUACAGUGGAAGAAACUGUGGUCCGUGAUAAAGCCGUGGAAUCCCUUAGGGCUGUUGCAGUACAACAUAUUCCUGCUGAUUUGGAAAAUCACUUUGUUCCAUUAGUACAAAGGUUGAGUGCUGGUGACUGGUUCACCUCAAGAACUUCAGGAUGUGGACUGUUUUCGGUCUGUUAUCAAAGAGUCUCUGCCAACUCCAAGGCCGAUUUAAGAUCCCAUUUCAAGGCACUGUGCCAAGAUGAUACUCCAAUGGUACGCAGGGCCGCCGCUACAAAAUUGGGAGAACUCGCUCAGGUCGUCGAGUUGGAAUAUUUGAAAUCAGAUUUAAUCCCAAUGUUCAUUAAUUUAGCUCAGGAUGAACAGGAUUCCGUACGUUUGUUGGCUGUAGAAGCAUGCAUCAGUAUUGCAACUUUGCUAGCUCCGGAAGAUGUUGAACAAUUAGUGAUGCCCACUUUGAGACAAUGCGUUGGAGAUACUUCCUGGAGAGUGCGUUACAUGGUAGCAGACAAAUUCACAGAACUCCAGAAGGCUGUAGGACCAGAAAUUACCAGAACAGACUUGGUUACUGCUUUCCAAAGCCUAUUAAAAGAUACUGAGGCCGAAGUAAGAGCUGCUGCUGCAAACAAAGUCAAAGAUUUUUGCCAGAAUUUGGACAAGGCCAAUCAAGAAAACAUGAUCAUGGCACAUAUUUUACCUUGCGUAAAGGAGUUGGUGGCUGAUCCAAACCAACAUGUUAAAUCUGCUUUGGCAUCAGUUAUUAUGGGGCUUAGCCCAAUUUUGGGCCGUCACAAUACCAUUGAACAUCUUUUGCCAAUGUUCUUGACACAAUUAAAAGAUGAAUGUCCUGAAGUGAGAUUAAAUAUUAUUUCUAAUCUGGACUGUGUCAAUGAAGUCAUUGGAAUUCAGCAACUGUCACAAUCCCUCCUACCAGCCAUUGUUGAACUUGCAGAAGACUCAAAGUGGAGAGUUCGUUCUGCCAUUAUUGAAUAUAUGCCAUUGUUGGCUGGCCAACUUGGAAGGGAAUUCUUUGAUGAAAAAUUGAAUGCUCUCUGCAUGACCUGGCUUAUGGAUCAUGUAUUUGCUAUCCGUGAAGCCGCCACAUUGAAUUUGAGAAAAUUAGUCAUUCAGUUUGGUGCAGAAUGGGCCGAAUCUACUAUCAUACCCAAAGUUCUAGCUAUGGCACGUGAUCAAAACUACUUAUACAGGAUGACUUGUCUAUUUUGCAUCAACGUUCUUGCAGACGCGUGCGGCAGUGAUAUUACAACCCGACUACUACUGCCCACUGUGAUAAGUAUGGCAAACGAUAAAGUUGCAAAUGUGAGAUUCAAUGUGGCAAAAACUCUCCAGAAAAUUUCACCACAUCUGGAUCAAGCGGUCAUACAACCACAGGUGAAGCCAGUAUUAGAUAAACUGAACCAAGAUACUGAUGUAGACGUCAAAUAUUCAGCCAGUGAAGCAAUAGCAGGUAUACCCGCUUUAGGUUAAAUUGAACUAAAGCAUACCAUGUAAGGAAGAAUGAAUGAGCUGAGCUUUUCAUACCUACGCAACACUAUUAUUAAUGUUUGUUUGAACGUGGUAGGUAACAUGAAAUUAUUUAAAGAUAUGAUUUUGGACUUGACAUAGAGGUUUUGGGUUGAAAUUUAGAUAUUGUCCUGUGUGGGUGGGCUUCCUGGAGACGGUCGUGAAUCUAAUUCCAUAAUUGUGAUUCAGAUGAUUUUUUUCAUGAUUCCAUAUGAUGAAAGUAUCAUCAACAUUACAUUAGAUUUCAGAUUUGCAUCUUGGAUUAUUUUGUGUUUGAAUCAGUGAUCUUAACUUAAAGCCUUUUGGUAUAAUUUUGUUGUCUCUCACUAUAUUUAGCGAAAUUAAACGUACCCAGUCCAAGUCCAGCAUCAUGUCUUUAAACUAUUAUUAAUCUUAUAGAAAUUUUGGUAAUUAUUACUUGUUAUAUUCUCUAUUCUAUUAUCAUGUAAAACAAUAACAUCAAUGUGUAAAAUGAUGAUUCUAGAAAUAGCUUUAUAAGUUUUUUUUUUUUUUAAUCUAUUUAUCGAUCUUUUUUUUGUAUUGUUAUUUAACGUUAAAAUUUUUUUUGGUUUUCAUGAAAGUCGCAAAGUGACGGUGGUGCUCUUCUGGUUUUACCACUAUUAAGGGGCAAAUCUUAGUGUAUGUGGAAAAAAAUGAUCAAAUGUUUUUGACCAGGAAUAACUUCUCUAUAACUCUUAUUUGAAACGAGUUUUUCAGUUACAUGUCUGUUCUCGCGGUUGUAAACCCUUAAUCAUUUUUUUUCACCCCUUACUGUAUGAAGCAAAUGACUAGUUUACACACAAGUUCUAUGCACUUUGCUUCAGUUAAAAAAAAAUUCGUGAACUUUGCCACUUCCACCUCGCCUGCAUUUCUCGAAUGAAUUAUUCAGUUUUCAAAGACCAUCAAUUUGGUGACUUAAGCCCCAAGCAUUUAUUAUUUUUUAGUUUAAUAAGUUUUUAAUAUACAUAUGUAAUGCAACUGUAUAUACAUAUUGACCUUAGAUUUUGGUUUGUUUCAAUAGAACAAAUAAAUUUGAUUCAUAUUAAAAUAAUUAAUAGUGGUUUUAUUUCUAUACAUGUUUGGCACACAAAAGUUGUAAACUUUCUAGAAAUGCACUCAGAACAUCUCAAUUUUGCUUUUAUAAGGAUCUUUUAUGGGUAGGUGUUUUAAAGGGCAUGUCAAAGAUGGGCUGAGGGAUUACAUUCAGGCUAAAGAUUGAUCUACUAUUGCAUUUACCAUCUUGAUAUGAAUGAUUGGGGAAUCAGAAUACUGUGCUGCUAUCUUUGUAAGGCUUUCACUUGUAUUUUAUAGAUAACUUGUAUAUUGUGUAAUAGGCAUUUUUUUUUGUAUCUUUGUGUAUAUUAGGUGUACCAACCUACUUAAUAAAAAAUAGAUAUAUUUCAAUAAAGUCAUGAAUAAUAAAUAUUUCACAAUGUAUA